GCAGGACUCGGAGCCUGUCCUUCUUCCGCCUGCUGCCUUGGGUGAGACUGGGGGAGACGCUGAGGUGCAUGGAGCUCCCAUAGGCGCCGCGGCUGCUAAUUGAUGACAUGGAGGAUUACAAAGUGACUUUGGAUGGGCCGGCCCCUUGGGGCUUCCGACUGCAGGGAGGCAAGGACUUUAACAUGCCACUUUCCAUCUCCAGGCUGACCCCAGGGGGUAAAGCUGAGUUGGCUGGAGUGAACGUUGGCGACUGGUUGCUACAGAUCGAUGGUGAAAGCACCUCAAAUUUGACUCACAUUGAAGCCCAGAACAAGAUCCGAGCCAGCAGCAACAAACUAAGCCUAGCCCUGAGCAGAUGUGAGCCAUUCAAAACCAAAAGCAUAGCUGCACAGGUGGACAGACAACCAUUGCCUGCCUACCUUCCUAAUGACUCCAGUAAAAAGAGGCUGAUGGAGGACACUGAGGACUGGAAACCUCGCACAGGGAUCACUCAGUCCCGCUCCUUCCGCAUCCUGGCACAGCUCACUGGCACAGAUUUCAUGCAAGACCCAGAUGAUGAGCACAUGAAAAGGGUGAGAGAAAAGUUCAUUACAGAACUCCAGAGCCCCCGUUACACCCGUUUGCGUGACUGGCACCAUGAAAGGUCGGCCUGCUCCCUUAAUUUUAUGUCAAAUACAUAUAAACUCCCAAGAAAAUCUUAUAGCUCUUGGUACCCCAUAUCCUGUUCAAGUUCUGCUAAAUUAAUGAAGUUCUUGGUGGCUAUGUCUCCUGUAGUAAGGUUAUGGCAAGAGAGAAAGACUGUGUCUGGUAUCUUCUCUAGCCAAGAUUCCAUUGAUAGCCCAGCUCCUCCACCGCCUUCCUCUGGACCUGCAGUUCGCCCUCCUUGGACCACAGAUCCUUCUUUUGCUGAGCGUUAUGCACCUGAUAAAACUACUACUGUAAUGACUAAACAUAGUCAGCCAGCAACCCUCACUCCUGCCCAAAACCGUAGUUCCAUCCUGCAGGCAGCUCAACCCACCUCCACUGGUGAUAAGACUCCUGUCUGUUCACAGUGCAAAAAGGUUAUCCGAGGCCGAUAUCUUUUGGCACUAGGACGUUACUACCACCCUGAAGAAUUUACUUGUUCCCAGUGUCAUAAAGUACUUGAGGAAGGAGGAUUUUUUGAAGAGAAAGGAUCUAUAUUUUGCCCACGCUGCUAUGAUGUCCGGUUUGCGCCCAACUGUGGCAAGUGUAAAAAGAAGAUUACAGGGGAGAUUAUGCAUGCUCUGAAGAUGACUUGGCAUGUUCAGUGUUUCACCUGUGCAUUUUGUAAGACCCCUAUUCGCAAUCGUGCCUUUUACAUGGAAGAAGGACAGCCGUAUUGUGAAAAAGAUUAUGAGAAGAUGUUUGGUACCAAGUGUCGUGGCUGUGAUUUUAAAAUUGACGCUGGUGACCGAUUCUUGGAAGCUCUAGGGUUCAGCUGGCAUGACACCUGCUUCGUCUGUGCGAUAUGUCAGACUAAUUUGGAAGGCAAGACAUUCUAUUCCAAGAAAGACAAACCUCUUUGCAAGACCCAUGCCUUCUCCAACGUGUGAUCAAUGGCCCACGUGCACAUUCACAGUCUCACAGACAUGCACACCUCAUACACACUACAGCUGCCUGCAUGCAGUAAGGAUACAAAGGAGCCACUAUAUAUAUACAUCAGCUUUGUCUCCAGCACUACAAGUGAAGAAAAUGCCGGAAAGAAAUAUAUAAUCGUGCAGUUACAUUUCAGCUUCCCACUAAAGUCUUACUGUUUUAUAAUGUUAGGUGCUAAUUGGCCAUCCAAUAUGUGAGACAUUAGCCAUGUGUUUUAUAUGUCUAAUCUGUUAUGUUUGGGAUUGCCAGUGGUCAAACACAGAAAAAAAGAUAUAGGGAAUCUUUAUAUAGCUGAAAAAAAAUGUUUAUUAGUCAUUAAAUAUGCCUUUGAAUCAAGAAAAAGUGCUUUUACCAGUGUUAGACUGCCACACCCUUCGGUGGGUCAAGGUCUACACAACCUAUGAGUCCUAAUGGUUUGGGCUCUGUGUGAGUCUUGACAUGCAAAUAUUCCUGUAAAGCUGUAGGAUGGGCGCCUCUAGGAAUCAUUUUCUCUUGUGUACUCCACUGGGGUGCGCUGAUAAAUUGGACACUUAAGUCACUUGGAAAAAUAUGCAUCCCUUAUGAGUUACACUGUAUUCCUUUCAUAAUUCAGUAUUUUGAAGAAAGAAGUUUAAGGCUCUUGAGCUUAGACAUAUUCUGUAAUGUAAAGCAUAAGAGGCAGGUAAUAGAGGCAAGAGGAAGGGAGCACAUGGCCAAUGGUAGAAAAGUUUACAAGAGAUAUGCAGUUAGUUUACAAAUGAUGGGCUAAGCAAUAUGAUGAUGAGGGGGACAUUGCAGAGGGAAAGUUUACAUGGGAUACCGUUUACAACACUUUACCUUAUUGUGUAUAGAAGUAUAAUGUGAUGUACAUUAUAUAGAGAUGAUUUCUGUUGCAGUUUUAGAACUUUAUGCAAAAUUGUAGCUAGAAUAACACAUUCGUUAAAUAUGAAUAGAAUGAGCAUUCUCUACAAAUCAUUAUAUAACAUUAAUAGAGACUUUGCAUAUCUCCUAACAGACUCUAUUAGUUCAGAUGCAUUGUGCACAGGAUUCAGCCGUAUUCUAAAAUGCAUUACUAGUGGGGGCGAAACAUUACAACUGCAAGUAUGACUUUUAUAGGACUUAUAAUAAUGUAGAUGUUCUUAAUGCCCCUAUUUUAGCUAUCCUAUAUGCUGAUUUGGAUAAUAAAGACCAGGCUGAAAUAAUCUAAUAUGGUGAAUCCUCAUGUGAGCGGUCAAGCCUCCAUAGGUUAUGAUAAGUGUUCUAAAUAUCAGAAUUGGCAGAUCGCUGAUCGUCAAAGAUUUCUUGCUUCAUACUGAUUUCAUGUACUUUUAGUUCAAGCUCUUUUUGGCAAAAAAUACAUAAAAUAGCAUAACUUUGCCCUUGUUUUAUUUAAAUAGACAAUAUUUGCUUUAAAUGUCUUAGAUUUGUAGAUUUUUCAUUCUAUUUUAUCUGGUGAAAAAAAAAGAACAACAAGAAAUAUCAUUCCAUAAAUGAUAGCAAAGUAGCGAAUACUUUUCCAGUGAUGACUGCUUAGCAGUAUACACUGCAGUCAUUGACUUGGCCUUCCAUAAUAUCAAUGGAGGCUUUCAUUAGACUGAUGCGCUGUAAAGAAUGUUGUUUCAUCUUCAAGGUCUCGCUGUUUGUCACUUUGAUUUAUUUGCAACACGCAUUAAUAAAUACUUCUCCGUUGAUGAGCUAUUACCUUA